ACACAGGUCUUUUUUCAACCCUAUGUAACUAUGUAACUAUGUAACUAUGUUAGGGAUAGAAAAGCCAAUAUGUGGGAGGUUCCCUUCUUCAAAUCAAACCAAAGACUACACCAGGUAGUUCUUCUUAAUAUCAACCUCUAUAAACCCUUUGGAAACUUGUUCAGGUGGGUUAUCAACAGGGAUAUUUUCAAACACAUGCUUGCAAAAUAUUAUAAAUGCUAACAAUAAAAAAUAAAAUAAAUGAGUGCCUGCAGUGAUUAUCUUUGUGCCAUAAUACACAUUACACAAGUUAGGGUUUUACUCUUUAACAAUCUUAAUUCUACCCAAUAGUUAUGGAACAGAGUGCCAUGAACUGGAUAGGGUAAGUAACUUUGAUUACUGUCACUUUGAUUACUUUGAUCACUGAUUACUUAUUGAUGGCCUACUUGUAACUGCAGCAGAGGCAGAGAGAAGGUGUAUUUUUUUUAAAUAAAAAUGAAUGUUGAUGUGUUUUUCCCCCUCUGUAUUUAGAUUUAUAAUAUGUUUCCUGCCCUUGGAUUUCUACCCGGUUGCCACAAAACAAUUGAGAAGAAUUUGAAAGAACUCUAUGCAUUUGUUAGGAGAACAUUUGUGGAACAUCAAAAACAUUUAGAUAUCCAUGAUCAGAGGAGUUUCAUUGAUGUGUUUCUGGCACGACAAAAAGAGGAAGCAAAACACCCAGAGACAAACUCAUACUUUCAUAAUGAAAACUUGGUCAGACUUGUAAGGAACGUGUUUUCAGCAGGAAUGGAAACAACAUCUACCGCCCUCCGAUGGGCUCUGCUUUUGAUGAUAAAGUAUCCAGAUAUUCAGGAAAAGGUCCAUGAUGAGAUAUCAAGAGUAAUUGGAUCGGCGCACCCCACCUACAGUCACCGCACACAAAUGCCCUUCACAAAUGCUGUUAUUCAUGAAAUUUUAAGAUUUGCUGAUAUCGUUCCACUCAGUGUGCCACACGAGACAACCAGAGAUGUGCACUUCAAAGGAUAUUUUAUUCCAAAAGGCACCUAUAUCAUCCCAUUGCUCUCUUCUGUUCUGAAAGACAAGACCCAGUUUGAUGCACCCGAAGAGUUCAACCCAAAUCAUUUCCUUGAUUCUGAGGGGAAUUUUCUGAAGAAAGAAGCGUUUAUGCCAUUUUCAGCAGGCCGCAGAGCUUGCCCAGGAGAGAUAUUGGCAAGAAUGGAGCUGUUCAUAUUCUUCACAAGCCUUCUACAGAAAUUCUCCUUCCACUCACCGCCCGGUGUCACCAACAUUAAUUUAUCUUCCGAUGUGGGAUUCACAAGCGUGCCACUGGAGGGCAUGAUCUGUGCCAUUCCCCGCGCCUGAAAGAUCAAAAUUCAUUAUCUUAAAGGAAAACUACAGUAUCCCCCCCAAACAAUGUAGGUGUCUUUAAAAAUAUGUUGCAUAAACAGCUCAUAUGUAAAACCCUGCGUCAUCUAAAUAAACCAUUUUCAUAAAAA